GAAUGAAUGAACGAUGUGGCGAAAAUAGAAAUAAGCGGAAACGCAGGGGGGGAGAUGACGUAGAAGGAAAUCAAAAUCAUCAAAAAUCUCCCUGUCAAAUUAGGCGGCCGGUAAGAACGAAUAGACGACAUAGCGUCUGACUUGCAAUAGAGAAAAAUUAUAUAUAAAAAGAAACGCCAACAAACCACCAACCCCAACCUUACUUCCCACUUAGAAUUCAAAGCACUUUUGACUUCUCUUUACUAUCUUUUCCUUCUACUUGUUUUUCACAGCAUCGCAAUCUUAAUUUGCUGCGCAUUCGAUCUGCUCUGCUUGAUCAGAUCACGAGCUGCCUCUGAUCAAACUACGGUUUAGCUCUGUGGAAUAGCUUUGAGCUGCUUGUACAGCUUAGAAAAUGGGAUCGGGAUCAUGGCACAUGGAGAAAAGACAUAGUUUUAAAAAUGAGCCGGUGAAAGACGUUGAGCAUGUGCUUGAAAAUGGGUCUCUCUCUAUCAUCGUGCUUGGCGCUUCUGGUGAUCUUGCCAAGAAGAAGACUUUUCCAGCACUCUUCAACCUUUUUCAGCAGGGAUUUCUGCAACCAAAUGAAGUUCACAUUUUUGGCUAUGCAAGAACUAAGAUUUCAGAUGAUGAGCUAAGAAACCGCAUACGUGGAUAUCUUGUCCGGGACAAAGGAGCUUCACCAAAAGACUUGGAAGAUGUAACCAAGUUUUUGCAACUGAUCAAAUAUGUAAGUGGUUCUUACGACACUGAGGAGGGGUUUCGGCUGCUUGAUAAAGAAAUUUCAGAGACUGAAGUCUUAAGAAAUGGUGUGGACGGAUUAUCCCGCAGGCUUUUUUAUCUUGCACUUCCUCCAUCAGUAUAUCCUUCUGUCUGCAGGAUGAUCAGGCAUUGUUGCAUGAAUAAAACUGAUCUUGGUGGAUGGACUCGUAUUGUUGUUGAGAAGCCUUUCGGCAAGGAUUUGGAAUCUGCAGAGCAACUCAGUACCCAGAUUGGGGAGUUGUUCGAAGAAUCACAAAUUUACCGUAUUGAUCACUAUUUGGGGAAGGAAUUGGUGCAGAAUCUGUUAGUACUUCGGUUUGCAAAUCGAUUUUUUUUGCCCCUCUGGAACCGAGACAACAUUGAAAAUGUACAGAUUGUGUUUAGGGAGGAUUUUGGAACUGAAGGUCGAGGUGGAUAUUUUGAUGAAUAUGGAAUUAUCCGUGAUAUUAUUCAAAAUCAUCUAUUGCAGGUUCUUUGCUUAGUUGCCAUGGAAAAGCCUAUUUCCCUAAAACCUGAGCAUAUCAGGGACGAGAAAGUGAAGGUUCUUCAAUCAGUACUACCAAUUGAGGAUGAUGAAGUUGUUCUUGGACAAUAUGAUGGCUAUAGGGAUGAUCCAACUGUUCCUGACCACUCAAACACUCCAACUUUUUCAACUGUGGUUCUGCGGAUCCACAAUGAAAGAUGGGAAGGUGUUCCUUUUAUACUAAAGGCUGGGAAAGCAUUAAAUUCAAGAAAGGCAGAAAUAAGAGUUCAAUUUAAGGAUGUGCCUGGUGACAUAUUCAAAUGUAAGAAGCAAGGGAGAAAUGAGUUUGUAAUACGCUUGCAACCUUCAGAAGCCAUGUACAUGAAACUUACGGUCAAGCAGCCUGGACUGGAGAUGUCAACUGUCCAAAGUGAAUUAGACUUGUCAUAUGGGCAACGAUAUCAAGGGGUAACAAUCCCGGAGGCUUAUGAGCGUCUAAUUCUUGAUACAAUAAGAGGCGAUCAGCAACAUUUUGUACGCAGAGAUGAGUUGAAGGCGGCCUGGGAAAUCUUCACGCCUCUUCUGCACAGAAUUGACAAUGGUGAUUUAAAGCCGCUUCCAUACAAACCAGGCAGUCGGGGUCCUGCAGAAGCCGAUGCGCUGCUAGAAAAAGCCGGUUACGUACAAACACAUGGCUACAUCUGGAUUCCUCCCACCUUGUAGAAGGCUUGCCUUUUUAAGUUUCAGCUUGGGCUUUCCCUUAUCCAGUGUGUGCCAUAAACCAUAACGUGGUGUUGUUACAUUGCAAGUUUUGUAAGUUAUGCCUUAAGAAUAAGUGCGCGAUCGAAAUGAUGUGUGAUUCCAAAUAAUUAAAUGUUGUGUUUUCGAUUCGUAA